AUGAUUCCUCUUAUUAUCAAGGUAUAUUAAAGCAACGGAAAUGUUAUCAUGAUGGGAAUCUAGUAGCCUUCAGCAAAUGAUUUUAAUAUUUUUGUAACUUGGUUUGAUGAAAGCUUUGGCUUUUAAAUAGCUGUUUAUAGUGCAAAUUCUUUAGCAUACUACAAUGCUAUUAUUAGUUAGAUGGAAGAAAAUCUUCUUUACGUAGUUGGGUGCAUAGAAAGUUUAAAUGCUGAUUCUGCUCUUAUAGGAAUGUUUUUACAUAAAAUAGGAAACCCUUAAGCUAAUAUACUAUUUAGAAAUGCAUUUUCGUACGAUCAAAGAAAAUUUGAAUGUUUAGGAAUAAAAUUUCUCCAACUAAAUGAGAUAACCUUAGUCUAUUCAGCAACAUUUAAUUCAAUUCCUUCGUAUUUUAUUGUUAGUUUUAAGGAAGAUCCCUUUAUCCCAACUACUGUUUAUACUGUGUCUGAAUAGUGGUUGCGUAGAAUAAAUACUAAUACAAUUAGAGUUUAUCAGUUUAAAUAUGUUUCAACAAAAAAUGAUUUCUUCUAUCUUGGCUAAUUGAUUGAAUCUUCAGGAUAAUAAAGGGCAUUUUUAUCCUAGUUAUCAACUACAGAUACAUAUUACAGCAUUAUAGAAGAUUAUAAGCCAAUUAAUGAUGAUAUUUAUACUUAUUCUACUGAAUAUAAUGAAGCUUCAAACACUGAUUAUGGUGAUCAACCUGAUAUCACAGAUAUAUUAGAAAAACCACUUAUAAAAGUAUUUGAAAAUCUCUUACCUUAUGUGGGAUUAUGGAAAAAUUAGAAUAAUAAAGCUAGCAGUUAGAUUAAAGUCUCUUAGCUUCAAGUAUAUUAGGAUAGACCACCCAAUAACUUAACCUAAAAUGUUGAUUGCUAUUUAGGACCUGAUCAAAGUUGCUUCAAAUAAACUCUAACUUUAGUACAAAAUAUUAGAUAAAAAGACUUUACCCACAUUUUAUUUUGGGAUAGAUUAGAUGACUUUUAAGUGGGUAUUUUAGCAGAUUCUGCUAAUAAAAUAGAUGAGUAUGAAUUUCUAUUCAACAUAACUGUAGGUUCUGAGAUAGAAAAUUUCAUAUCUAAGCCUUUUUAAACAUAUUCCUUUAAAUUUUAAGUACACAACAAAGUUGGCUAAUUUUCCAUAAUCAAUAGUGCACCAUACUUCUUAUCAUCAGUAUUAGAUAUUGAAGUUAAUGUAGGAGUCUUAAGAAUAAUAGAUCUUCCUAUUAUAAGAGAUGAUGAAGGAGAUGACUAUACCGUCUCGAUUAAAGGAAAGAAAGCUGGCCUAUUUGUAUCAGCAACUAAUAAAAAGCUUAUCAUUAAUCCAAUCUCAUCAGUGGUGGGUAUGCAUCAAGUUAACAUCAUUUUAAAAGAUAAUAACAGAUAAAUCAAACAAAAAAAAUACCUUUUUCAAAUCUUGGUCAAGCCAGAUGUAACUUCCUACUUUGAAUCUUUGUUGAAAGAUACUAAUUUAAAAGAAGAUUUCAAAAAAUCCUAAGUUCAAACUGAAAAUCAAGCAAGCAAUCCAAAUAAAUUUGAAUCAAGAUGA